CCCUCCCAGCUCUUCUGCCCCACCCCUUGCACGUAGACACUUCUUGAAGAGAGGAACAGCUCACGGAAAGGAAUAGGGAGAUAAAGGAAUAAAGAGCACUCUAAAGAUCAAGGAAUUUACCCCUGCACAGCUGAAGAGUUCUGUGAUUGGCUAAGAGUGAGCCAGGCUCUGGAACGGCCCACUUCCCCUACUCCAGCGGUGGCAGUCUUUCUGCAAAGUGUUUUUUCCCCUUUUUCUGCCCCAACCACGAGGGCGUGUGAGCUGCCUGGGCCUGAACAGAAGUCUUUUAUGCACUGCUUUCCCAGGCUGUCCGGAGCAAGCUGGUAUGCUGUGGAAAAAGCCAGAGAUAAGACACUGGUCAGUGGGCUGACAGUCUUCUCUGACACAGGAGGAGGAGACAGUUGUGUAGGGAAGAACGAGUGACUUUGCUGGCUUUCCUCAGUCAGCAGUCAGCUGUAUUUCAACUAUUCCACUGCAGAACACUGGAGGAGCUCUGUGUGUGAAGGAUCUGGACAUGUUUUCUGUCACUGCCAUGAGGCUCCGACACGGAGCCCCGAGAUGCUGGGAAAGCCAACGCGCCAUAGCAACUGUCAUUUCAGGCAGCAAGACCUCACAACAGGUGAGGGAGCAUCUGAAGAAGGAUGUGGCAGAGAUGAAGAGUCAUCUGCCUGGUUUUAGACCAGGCUUAGUGGUGCUGCAAGUUGGAGACAGAGAAGACUCAAACCUCUACAUUAGUAUGAAGCUGAAGGCGGCAGCUGAUAUCGGAAUUGAUGCCAACCACAUUAGGCUUCCAAAGACUGCCACAGAAGAUGAGGUGCUGUGGAACAUAGAAGCAGUAAAUGAUAACCCUGCGGUCCAUGGUCUCAUUGUCCAGUUACCUCUGGACUCCAUCAAUCAAAUAGACACAGAGAAAGUGACCAAUGCAGUGUCUCCAGACAAGGACGUGGAUGGUCUAAGCAGUAUAAAUGCAGGGAAACUGGCUCGCGGAGACCUAAGGAGCUGUUUCAUCCCCUGCACUCCCAAUGGCUGCAUGGAACUCAUCAAGCAGACCGGUGUGUCAGUGUCUGGCAAGAAUGUGGUGGUGAUUGGACGCAGUAAGAUUGUUGGAGCUCCCAUGCACGAUCUGCUCCUGUGGAACCAUGCCACUGUGACCAGCUGUCACUCCAAGACUCUAGACCUUGCUGCACAAGUGGGAAGGGCAGACAUCUUGGUUGUGGGUGCUGGCAAAGCAGAACUAGUGAAAGGAGAAUGGGUUAAAAAGGGUGCAGUGGUCAUUGACUGUGGCAUCAAUCAUAUCCCAGACAGCAGCAAGCCGGCGGGGAAAAGGGUAGUUGGGGACGUACACUAUCUGUCAGCUAAAGAGCGGGCGGGGUACAUCACCCCUGUUCCUGGAGGAGUGGGGCCGAUGACUGUUGUCAUGCUUAUGGAGAAUACAGUCAAGAGUGCUAAGCGAUUUCUGCAGAUGUACAAGCCUGGAAAGUGGAACAUUUCAUACAGAAAACUAAAGCCGCUUAAACCCCAGCCAAGUGAUGUCCAAAUCUCUUGCUCAUACCCAAGAAAUCCGAUUGGUCAGCUUGCCAAAGAAGUGGGCCUCCUUUCAAAGGAGGUAGAGCCAUAUGGCAGGACCAGGCUAAAAGUGCGAGUGGAAGUCCUAAAACGCUUGGAUAAACAACCUAAUGGGAAAUAUGUACUGGUCACGGGAAUUACACCUACUCCUCUUGGUGAAGGCCAGAGCACCAUCACACUUGGGUUGGCACAAGCUUUAGGAGCCCACCUGAACAUCAAUGCUUUUGCCUCCAUACAACAACCGUCCCCACUAUCCAGUUUUGGUAUCAAGGGUUGUGCUGUUGGAGGUGGAUAUUCACAAAUAAUACCGAUGGAGGAGGUCAGUCUUCAGCCCUCAGGUGACAGUGAGGCUGUUUCUGCUGCCAGCAGCCUGCUGGUGGACACUAUCAUAGCAUACUGUCACUACCAGACCAAGUACUCUGACAAGGUUUUAUUUGACCUCCUGGUGCCGUUCAGAGAUGGUCAUCAAUAUUUUUCACCUUCCCAGCUCAAUAGGUUACAGAAACUAGGCAUUGAGAAAUCUGAUCCCUUGACCCUUACUGAACAAGAGAUAAGACGCUUCAUCCGAUUGGACAUUAACCCAGAUGCCAGAACGGAUUUUGCCUCGCUGAAGAAUGAGAUCAUGGCUAUACUGUCUCUGAGCAGCAGUGCAGAGGACCUGCAGAACAGACUGGCCAAGGUGGUGGUAGCUAUCAGCAGAUAUGAAGAGCUCAUUACCACAGAGGACCUGGGUGUUAGUGGUGCCCUAGCCCUGCUGUUGAACAAUGCCCUGAAGCCUUGUUUGAUGCAGACUUUGGAGGGGACCCCAGUAUUUGUUCACACUAGCCCAUCUGCUGAUAUCGCCUAUGGCAAUGCAUCCGUCGUGGCAGACAAAAUAGCUCUAAAAUUGGUGGGCCCACAGGGCUUUGUGGUCACGGAGACUCUGCACAGUGCUGACGCUGACAUGGAGAAAUUCUUCAACAUCAAGUGCCGCUCGUCAGGCCUGCAGCCAGAUGUGGUGGUGUUGGUAGCUACUGUCCGUGCCCUCAAGAUGCAUGGGGGUGGCCCUGGGAUCACAGCAGGCUUUCCAUUGCCUAAACAGUAUUCAGAGGAGAACCUGAAGUUGCUGGAAAAAGGUUGUGCUCAUCUGAAGGGACAAGUGGAGAAAGCCAGAACAUAUGGUUUGCCAGUAGUGGUGGCUGUCAACACUUUCAGCUCUGACACAAAGGCUGAGCUGGAGCUGGUGUGUAGCCAGGCGAGGCAGGCUGGGGUGUUUGAUGCAGUGCUGUGCACUAACUGGUCUGAUGGGGGAGCUGGAGCACUUGCCCUGGCACAAGCUGUUCAGAAAGCAGCAGAGCUACCAAGCCAAUUUCAUUACCUAUAUGAACUUGAGCUGCCAGUCAUAAAGAAGAUUCAGAAGGUGGCACAGAAUAUUUAUGGCGUUAAGGAUGUGGAGCUCUCACCAAAAGCUAAAGAGAAACUGGCAUUUUACAUGAAACAGGGCUUUGGGAAUUUUCCAGUGUGCAUAAUGAAGACCCAAUCAUCCUUGGGUAAUGAUCCAGAGAAGAAAAUUGUGCCCACAGACUUUACCUUGCCGAUUAUAGACGUCCAGGUCUUUGUGGGAGCAGGCAUUCUCUCCCUUCUGACAGUCACAACAAAUGACUGCUCCGAAGAACCCACAUGGCCCUGUUUUCAUGGCAACAAUGACCUGUAUAGUAACAGCCAGUAACUGCACUGUAUUGGGUUGCACCUGACGUCAGUGCGACAGUAUCCAGUUUAAAUAUGAAGUCUUUUGGUGACCCUGUAUGAAGACCGUAGUUGCAGUCAGCACAAUUGUAUUUGAUGUGUCUGUGCCUGUACCGGUUCUUGUAAAAUUAAAGUUGACCUUUUUCCAAGAAAAUGU